GGAUGAUUCUUCAGUUUGCCUAGCUGCCAAGCAUGCGGGAGUCAUGAAUGAGAGUUUAUUUACGGUGGUGGAGAAGAAACCAGGCAGGGCCAGCUAUCAGGAGUCCACAAGGAAUGGAAUCACUUCCAAGCGAUAUGGUCCUUGGUAUGUCUCCUUCAUUCUAAGCUAUCCUGAUAAUGACUACCCUUCAAAUGAAGAUACUACCAGACCGUCACCAGUGGAAGCCGAAUGUGACUCUACCGCAAAAGACAUACUUGGACCUUAUCGGUUUGCACAAGUCUUCUGCCCACCAGGAUGCUUGGAUGCUACAGGGGUCCUCUGGGGAUCUGGACCAUAUACAGAUCAUUCGGCCGUUUGUCUUGGAGCCAUACAUGCAGGAGAACUAGAUGAUGAUGGAGGACCAGUCUUCAUUAAGAAGAACCCAGGCCAGAGCAUGUACGAAGAAUCCCUAAAGUAUGGAGUCAAGACAAAUGGACAUGGCCCCAGACCGGAAUCAUUUGUGUUCACAACACAAUCAGAAGUUCUACCUGAAACCUCUCAGAGACCAUCUAUUUUCAAAUUACGUCCAGUUAACGCAACAUGUUCGACGACUGCAUCUGAGCUAAAUAAACCAAGUACAGAAAUCACAUGCCCAGAAGGAUGUCAGAAUAGGAGAGACAAUGUUUGGGGAAAAAAUGUCUACACGGAUGAUUCUUCUCUUUGUCGGGCUGCUAUUCAUGCAGGAGUUUUGGAUGACAAAGGAGGGAAAGCAUUGGUGGUGAAGAAACCGGGUAAAGACAGCUAUGAAGAAUCAACAAGGAAUGGAGUGAAAACCUUUAAACAUGGAUCCUGGCCUAAGUCAUUUGCAAUCCAGAAAUUACCAUCUCCCUCUACGAAACCUGCCAAAUUUCCUGGAAAGUAUAAUGAACCAGAGAAAUCUAAGGAACCUAAAAAAUCCAAUCCAGCAGUUAAAAUCCAGUGCCAUUCAACUGCCCAACAAUUAGCCCAAGAAGUUACAGAAGUUAUAUGUCCACCAGGAUGCAAAAACCAACCAGGAAAUGUCCAAGGUUCAAAAAUUUACUCUAUCAAUUCAUCCAUUUGUAAAGCUGCAAUCCAAGAAGGGAUACCGACUGAUGAUGGAGAAAGGCUGAUAGUGGAGAUAAAAAGAACAAACGAUUCAGGUGUAGCUCCAUUGGCAUUUAUUGUAAGACCACCACCUGUAGAUCCGACUCCACUUGCCCCAGAACCAACCAAGAAGUUACCUGCAGUUAAAAUCCAGUGCCAUUCAACUGCCCAACAAUUAGCCCAAGAAGUUACAGAAGUUAUAUGUCCACCAGGAUGCAAAAACCAACCAGGAAAUGUCCAAGGUUCAAAAAUGUACUCUAUCAAUUCAUCCAUUUGUAAAGCUGCAAUCCAAGAAGGGAUACCGACUGAUGAUGGAGAAAGGCUGAUAGUGGAGAUAAAAAGAACAAAUGAUUCAGGUGUAGCUCCAUUGGCAUUUAUUGUAAGACCACCACCUGUAGAUCCGACUCCACUUGCCCCAGAACCAACCAAGAAGUUACCUGCAGUUAAAAUCCAGUGCCAUUCAACUGCCCAACAAUUAGCCCAAGAAGUUACAGAAGUUAUAUGUCCACCAGGAUGCAAAAACCAACCAGGAAAUGUCCAAGGUUCAAAAAUUUACUCUAUCAAUUCAUCCAUUUGUAAAGCUGCAAUCCAAGAAGGGAUACCGACUGAUGAUGGAGAAAGGCUGAUAGUGGAGAUAAAAAGAACAAACGAUUCAGGUGUAGCUCCAUUGGCAUUUAUUGUAAGACCACCACCUGUAGAUGUGACUCCACUUGCCCCAGAACCAACCAAGAAGUUACCUGCAGUUAAAAUCCAGUGCCAUUCAACUGCCCAACAAUUAGCCCAAGAAGUUACAGAAGUUAUAUGUCCACCAGGAUGCAAAAACCAGCCAGGAAAUGUCCAAGGUUCAAAAAUUUACUCUAUCAAUUCAUCCAUUUGUAAAGCUGCAAUCCAAGAAGGGAUACCGACUGAUGAUGGAGAAAGGCUGAUAGUGGAGAUAAAAAGAACAAACGAUUCAGGUGUAGCUCCAUUGGCAUUUAUUGUAAGACCACCACCUGUAGAUGUGACUCCACUUGCCCCAGAACCAACCAAGAAGUUACCUGCAGUUAAAAUCCAGUGCCAUUCAACUGCCCAACAAUUAGCCCAGGAAGUUACAGAAGUUAUAUGUCCACCAGGAUGCAAAAACCAGCCAGGAAAUGUCCAAGGUUCAAAAAUUUUCUCUAUCAAUUCAUCCAUUUGUAAAGCUGCAAUCCAAGAAGGGAUACCGACUGAAGAUGGAGAAAGGCUGAUAGUGGAGAUAAAAAGAACAAACGAUUCAGGUGUAGCUCCAUUGACAUUUGUUGUAAGACCACCACCUGUAGAUCCGACUCCACUUGCCCCAGAACCAACCAAGAAGUUACCUGCAGUAUCAGCCCCAUGUUCUUUGACUGCAAGUGACGUGGAGGAAAUUAAAGCAAUAAUCAAAUGCCCACCUGGAUGUCAGACUAAAAAACAUAGUGUUUGGGGAUAUAAAGUCUAUACAGAGGAUUCUUCAAUAUGCAGAGCUGCUAUCCAUGCAGGAAUAUUACCUGAUGAAGGAGGAGAGGUUGAAAUAGAAAAGGUACUGGGAAUGGACAGCUAUGAUGAGUCUAUGAAGAAUGGAAUUAGAUCUUAUAAACAUGGACCAUGGCAUGGAUCAUUUAUAUUCCCUUCAUCAUCACCAACUUCUGGAGAGGCUGAUGAACUAUGGACAUCUAGAGAACCUGGAAAAUAUCAAAAACCUUGGAGGCCUAGUGGCAAGUCUACGGAUCCAGGGCAGUCUGAUGAACCUUGGAGGCCUAGAGAACCUGGAAAGUAUUCAGAACCAGGAAAGUCUGGGAAACCUGGAAAGACAGAUGACCCUUGGAGGCCUAGAGAACCUGGAAAGUAUCCAGAACCAGGUAAGUCAACAGAUCCAGCAAAGUCUGGUGAACCAUGGAGGCCAAGAGAACCUGCAAAGUAUCCACAACCUGACCAGUCAACAGAUCCAGGCAAGUCUGAUGAACCUUGGAGGCCUAGGCAACCUGGCAAGUAUCCAGAACCAGGGAAGACAACAGAUCCAGGAAUGCCUGAUGAACCUUGGAGGCCAAGAGAACAUGGAAAGUAUCCACAACCUGUCAAGUCAACAGAUCCAGGAAAGUCUGGGGAACCAUGGAGAACUAGAGAACCUGGAAAGUAUCCAGAACCAGGAAAGACAACAGAUCCAGAAGGGUCUGAAGAACCUUGGAGGCCAAGAGAACCUGUAACGUAUUCACAACCUGGCAAGUCAAAAUAUCCAGGACAGUCUGAAGAACCUUGGGAGCCUAGAGAACCUGGAAAGUAUCCAGACCCAGGAAAGUUGGAUAAACCAUGGGGAUCAAGAGAACCUGGAAAGUAUCCACAACCUGGAAAGUCAAUGGGUCCAGGAAGGUCUGAUGAACCAUGGAGGCCUAGAGAACCUGGAAAAUAUCUAGAACCAGGAAAAUCAACAGAUCCAGGAAAGUCUGAUGAACCUUGGAGGUCUAGAGAACCUGGGAAGUAUCCAGAACCUGGCAAGUCAACAGACCCAAGAAAGCCUGGGGAACCUGGAAAGACAGAUGAACCUUGGAGGCCAAGAGAACCUGAAAAGUAUCCAGAACCUGGAAAGUCAAGAGACCCAGGAAAGUCUUGGGAACCUGGAAAAUUACCAGAAUCAGGAAACUAUCCAGAACCAGUAAAGUCAACAGAACCAGGAAGGUCUGAUGAACCUUGGAGGCCUAGAGAACCUGAGAAGUAUCAACAACCUGGCAAGUCAACAGAUCCAGGAAAGUAUGAUGAACCUUGGAGGAUUAGAGAACCUGGAAAGUAUCCACAACCUGGCAAGACAACAGAUCCAGGAAAGUCAACAGAUCCAGGAAAGUCUGAUGAACCUUGGAGACCUAGAGAACCUGGAAAGAAUGCAGAUCCUGGAAAGUCAAGAGAACCUGGACAAUUGCCAGAAUCAGGAAAAUAUCCAGAUCCUGGAAAGUCAACAGAACCUGGCAAGUAUCCAGAACCUGGAAAAUCAAGAGAACCUGGGAAAUUGCCAGAAUCUGGAAAGUAUCCAGAACCAGGAAAGUCUGAUGAACCUUGGAGGCCUAGAGAACCUGGAAAGUAUUUAGGACCCGGAAAGUCAACAGAUCCAGGAAAGUCUGAUGAAACUUGGGGGCCAAGAGAACCUGGAAAUUAUCCACAACCUGGCAAGUCAACAGAUCCAGGAAAGUCUGAUGAACCUUGGAGAAUUAGAGAACCUGGAAAGAAUCCACAACCUGGGAAGUCAACAGAUUCACCAAAAUCUGAUGAACCUUGGAGGUCUAGAGAACCUGGAAAGUAUCCAGAACCUGGAAAGUCAACAGAACCAGGAAAGUCUGAUGAACGUUGGAGGCCUAAAGAACCUGGAAAGUAUCCAGAACCUGGAAAGUCAACAGAUCCAGGAAAGUAUGAUGAACCUUGGAGACCUAGAGAACCUGGAAAGAAUCCAGAACCUGGAAAGUCAAGAGAACCUGGAGAAUUGCCAGAAUCUGGAAAGUACCCAGAACAAGGAAAGUCAACAGAACCAGGAAAGUCUGAUGAACGUUGGAGGCCUAAAGAACCUGGAAAUUAUCCAGAACCUGGGAAGUCAACAUAUCCAGUAAAGUCUGAUGAACCUUGGAGACCUAGAGAACCUGGAAAAAAUCCAGAACCUGGAAAGUCAAGAGAACCUGGACAAUUGCCAGAAUCAGGAAAAUAUCCAGAUCCCGGAAAGUCAGCAGAACCUGGCAAGUAUCCAGAACCUGGAAAGUCAAGAGAACCUGGAAAGUCUGAUGAACGUUGGAGGCCUAAGGAACCUGGAAAUUAUCCAGAACCUGGGAAGUCAACAUAUCCAGUAAAGUCUGAUGAACCUUGGAGACCUAGAGAACCUGGAAAGAAUCCAGAACCUGGAAAGUCAAGGAUACCUGGACAAUUGCCAGAAUCAGGAAAAUAUCCAGAUCCCGGAAAGUCAGCAGAACCUGGCAAGUAUCCAGAACCUGGAAAGUCAAGAGAACCUGGAAAGUCUGAUGAACGUUGGAGGCCUAAGGAACCUGAAAAUUAUCCAGAACCUGGGAAGUCAACAUAUCCAGUAAAGUCUGAUGAACCUUGGAGACCUAGAGAACCUGGAAAGAAUCCAGAACCUGGAAAGUCAAGGAUACCUGGACAAUUGCCAGAAUCAGGAAAAUAUCCAGAUCCUGGAAAGUCAGCAGAACCUGGCAAGUAUCCAGAACCUGGAAAGUCAAGAGAACCUGGAAAAUUGCCAGAAUCUGGAAAGUAUCCAGAACCAGGAAAGUCAACAGAACCAGGAAAGUCUGAUGAACGUUGGAGGCCUAAAGAACCUGGAAAGUAUCCAGAACCUGGAAAGUCAACAGAUCCAGGAAAGUCUGAUGAACCUUGGAGACCUAGAGAACCUGGAAAGAAUCCAGAACCUGGAAAGUCAAGAGAACCUGGACAAUUGCCAGAAUCAGGAAAAUAUCCAGAUCCUGGAAAGUCAGCAGAACCUGGCAAGUAUCCAGAACCUGGAAAGUCAAGAGAACCUGGAAAAUUGCCAGAAUCUGGAAAGUAUCCAGAACCAGGAAAGUCAACAGAACCAGGAAAGUCUGAUGAACGUUGGAGGCCUAAAGAACCUGGAAAGUAUCCAGAACCUGGAAAGUAUCCAGAACCUGGAAAGUCAACAGAUCCAGGAAAGUCUGAUGAACCUUGGAGACCUAGAGAACCUGGAAAGAAUCCAGAACCUGGAAAGUCAAGAGAACCUGGACAAUUGCCAGAAUCAGGAAAAUAUCCAGAUCCUGGAAAGUCAGCAGAACCUGGCAAGUAUCCAGAACCUGGAAAAUCAAGAGUACCUGGAAAAUUGCCAGAGUCUGGAAAGUAUCCAGAAGCAGGAAAGUCAACAGAACCAGGAAAGUCUGAUGAAUCUUGGAGGCCUAGAGAACCUGGAAAUUAUCCACAACCUGGCAAGUCAACAGAUCCAGGAAAGUCUGAUGAACGUUGGAGGCCUAAAGAACCUGGAAAGUAUCCAGAACCUGGAAAGUCAACAGAUCCAGGAAAGUCUGAUGAACCUUGGAGACCUAGAGAACCUGGAAAGAAUCCAGAACCUGGAAAGUUAAGAGAACCUGGACAAUUGCCAGAAUCAGGAAAAUAUCCAGAUCCCGGAAAGUCAGCAGAACCUGGCAAGUAUCCAGAACCUGGAAAGUCAAGAGAACCUGGAAAAUUGCCAGAAUCAGGAAAGUAUCCAGAACCAGGAAAGUCAACAGAACCAGGAAAGUCUGAUGAACGUUGGAGGCCUAAAGAACCUGGAAAGUAUCCAGAACCUGGAAAGUCAACAGAUCCAGGAAAGUCUGAUGAACCUUGGAGACCUAGAGAACCUGGAAAGAAUCCAGAACCUGGAAAGUCAAGAGAACCUGGACAAUUGCCAGAAUCAGGAAAAUAUCCAGAUCCCGGAAAGUCAGCAGAACCUGGUGAGUAUCCAGAACCUGGAAAGUACCCAGAACAAGGAAAGCCAACAGAAACAGGAAAGUCUGAUGAACGUUGGAGGCCUAAAGAACCUGGAAAUUAUCCAGAACCUGGGAAGUCAACAUAUCCAGGAAAGGCUGAUGAACCUUGGAGACCUAGAGAACCUGGAAAGAAUCCAGAACCUGGAAAGUCAAGAGAACCUGGACAAUUGCCAGAAUCAGGAAAAUAUCCAGAUCCCGGAAAGUCAGCAGAACCUGGCAAGUAUCCAGAACCUGGAAAGUCAAGAGAACCUGGAAAAUUGCCAGAAUCAGGAAAGUACCCAGAACAAGGAAAGUCAACAGAUCCAGGAAAGUCUGAUGAACCUUGGAGACCUAGAGAACCUGGAAAGAAUCCAGAACCUGGAAAGUCAAGAGAACCUGGACAAUUGCCAGAAUCAGGAAAAUAUCCAGAUCCCGUAAAGUCAGCAGAACCUGGCAAGUAUCCAGAACCUGGAAAGUACCCAGAACAAGGAAAGCCAACAGAACCAGGAAAGUCUGAUGAACGUUGGAGGCCUAAAGAACCUGGAAAUUAUCCAGAACCUGGGAAGUCAACAUAUCCAGGAAAGGCUGAUGAACCUUGGAGACCUAGAGAACCUGGAAAGUAUCCAGAACCUGGAAAGUCAAGAGAACCUGGACAAUUGCCAGAAUCAGGAAAAUAUCCAGAUCCCAGAAAGUCAGCAGAACCUGGCAAGUAUCCAGAACCUGGAAAGUCAAGAGAACCUGGAAAAUUGCCAGAAUCUGGAAAGUACCCAGAACAAGGAAAGUCAACAGAACCAGGAAAGUCUGAUGAACGUUGGAGGCCUAAAGAACCUGGAAAUUAUCCAGAACCUGGGAAGUCAACAUAUCCAGGAAAGUCUGAUGAACCUUGGAGACCUAGAGAACCUGGAAAGAAUCCAGAACCUGGAAAGUCAAGAGAACCUGGACAAUUGCCAGAAUCAGGAAAAUAUCCAGAUCCUGUAAAGUCAGCAGAACCUGGCAAGUAUCCAGAACCUGGAAAAUCAAGAGUACCUGGAAAAUUGCCAGAGUCUGGAAAGUAUCCAGAACCAGGAAAGUCUGAUGAAUCUUGGAGGCCUAGAGAACCUGGAAAUUAUCCACAACCUGGCAAGUCAACAGAUCCAGGAAAGUCUGAUGAACGUUGGAGGCCUAAAGAACCUGGAAGGUAUCCAGAACCUGGAAAGUCAACAGAUCCAGGAAAGUCUGAUGAACCUUGGAGACCUAGAGAACCUGGAAAGAAUCCAGAACCUGGAAAGUUAAGAGAACCUGGACAAUUGCCAGAAUCAGGAAAAUAUCCAGAUCCCGGAAAGUCAGCAGAACCUGGAAAGUCUGAUGAACGUUGGAGGCCUAAAGAACCUGGAAAGUAUCCAGAACCUGGAAAGUCAACAGAUCCAGGAAAGUCUGAUGAACCUUGGAGACCUAGAGAACCUGGAAAGAAUCCAGAACCUGGAAAGUCAAGAGAACCUGGACAAUUGCCAGAAUCAGUAAAAUAUCCAGAUCCCGGAAAGUCAGCAGAACCUGGCAAGUAUCCAGAACCUGGAAAGUACCCAGAACAAGGAAAGCCAACAGAACCAGGAAAGUCUGAUGAACGUUGGAGGCCUAAAGAACCUGGAAAUUAUCCAGAACCUGGGAAGUCAACAUAUCCAGGAAAGGCUGAUGAACCUUGGAGACCUAGAGAACCUGGAAAGAAUCCAGAACCUGGAAAGUCAAGAGAACCUGGACAAUUGCCAGAAUCAGGAAAAUAUCCAGAUCCCGGAAAGUCAGCAGAACCUGGCAAGUAUCCAGAACCUGUAAAGUACCCAGAACAAGGAAAGCCAACAGAACCAGGAAAGUCUGAUGAACGUUGGAGGCCUAAAGAACCUGGAAAUUAUCCAGAACCUGGGAAGUCAACAUAUCCAGGAAAGGCUGAUGAACCUUGGAGACCUAGAGAACCUGGAAAGAAUCCAGAACCUGGAAAGUCAAGAGAACCUGGACAAUUGCCAGAAUCAGGAAAAUAUCCAGAUCCCGGAAAGUCAGCAGAACCUGGCAAGUAUCCAGAACCUGGAAAGUACCCAGAACAAGGAAAGCCAACAGAACCAGGAAAGUCUGAUGAACGUUGGAGGCCUAAAGAACCUGGAAAUUAUCCAGAACCUGGGAAGUCAACAUAUCCAGGAAAGGCUGAUGAACCUUGGAGACCUAGAGAACCUGGAAAGAAUCCAGAACCUGGAAAGCCAAGAGAACCUGGACAAUUGCCAGAAUCAGGAAAAUAUCCAGAUCCCGGAAAGUCAGCAGAACCUGGCAAGUAUCCAGAACCUGGAAAGUCAACAGAACCUGGAAAAUUGCCAGAAUCUGGAAAGUACCCAGAACAAGGAAAGUCAACAGAACCAGGAAAGUCUGAUGAACGUUGGAGGCCUAAAGAACCUGGAAAUUAUCCAGAACCUGGGAAGUCAACAUAUCCAGGAAAGUCUGAUGAACCUUGGAGACCUAGAGAACCUGGAAAGAAUCCAGAACCUGGAAAGUCAAGAGAACCUGGACAAUUGCCAGAAUCAGGAAAAUAUCCAGAUCCUGGCAAGUCAGCAGAACCUGGCAAGUAUCCAGAACCUGGAAAGUCAAGAGAACCUGGAAAAUUGCCAGAAUCUGGAACGUAUCCACAACCUGGAAAGUCAACAGAACCAGGAAAGUCUGAUGAACGUUGGAGGCCUAAAGAACCUGGAAAGUAUCCACAACCUGGGAAGUCAACAGAUCCAGGAAAGUCUGGGCAACCAGGAAAAUUGCCAGAAUCAGGAAAGUAUUCGGAACCUGGAAAGGCAGAUGAACCUUGGAGGCCAACAGAACCUGCAAGGUUUCCACAACCUGGCAAGUCUACAGAUCCUGGAAAGUCUGAUGAACCUUUGAGGCAAAGAGAACCUGGAAAGAAUCCAGAACCUGGAAAGUUAAGAGAACCUGGACAAUUGCCAGAAUCAGGAAAAUAUCCAGAUCCCGGAAAGUCAGCAGAACCUGGAAAGUCUGAUGAACGUUGGAGGCCUAAAGAACCUGGAAAGUAUCCAGAACCUGGAAAGUCAACAGAUCCAGGAAAGUCUGAUGAACCUUGGAGACCUAGAGAACCUGGAAAGAAUCCAGAACCUGGAAAGUCAAGAGAACCUGGACAAUUGCCAGAAUCAGUAAAAUAUCCAGAUCCCGGAAAGUCAGCAGAACCUGGCAAGUAUCCAGAACCUGGAAAGUACCCAGAACAAGGAAAGCCAACAGAACCAGGAAAGUCUGAUGAACGUUGGAGGCCUAAAGAACCUGGAAAUUAUCCAGAACCUGGGAAGUCAACAUAUCCAGGAAAGGCUGAUGAACCUUGGAGACCUAGAGAACCUGGAAAGAAUCCAGAACCUGGAAAGUCAAGAGAACCUGGACAAUUGCCAGAAUCAGGAAAAUAUCCAGAUCCCGGAAAGUCAGCAGAACCUGGCAAGUAUCCAGAACCUGGAAAGUACCCAGAACAAGGAAAGCCAACAGAACCAGGAAAGUCUGAUGAACGUUGGAGGCCUAAAGAACCUGGAAAUUAUCCAGAACCUGGGAAGUCAACAUAUCCAGGAAAGGCUGAUGAACCUUGGAGACCUAGAGAACCUGGAAAGAAUCCAGAACCUGGAAAGCCAAGAAAACCUGGACAAUUGCCAGAAUCAGGAAAAUAUCCAGAUCCCGGAAAGUCAGCAGAACCUGGCAAGUAUCCAGAACCUGGAAAGUCAACAGAACCUGGAAAAUUGCCAGAAUCUGGAAAGUACCCAGAACAAGGAAAGUCAACAGAACCAGGAAAGUCUGAUGAACGUUGGAGGCCUAAAGAACCUGGAAAUUAUCCAGAACCUGGGAAGUCAACAUAUCCAGGAAAGUCUGAUGAACCUUGGAGACCUAGAGAACCUGGAAAGAAUCCAGAACCUGGAAAGUCAAGAGAACCUGGACAAUUGCCAGAAUCAGGAAAAUAUCCAGAUCCUGGCAAGUCAGCAGAACCUGGCAAGUAUCCAGAACCGGGAAAGUCAAGAGAACCUGGAAAAUUGCCAGAAUCUGGAACGUAUCCACAACCUGGAAAGUCAACAGAACCAGGAAAGUCUGAUGAACGUUGGAGGCCUAAAGAACCUGGAAAGUAUCCACAACCUGGGAAGUCAACAGAUCCAGGAAAGUCUGGGCAACCAGGAAAAUUGCCAGAAUCAGGAAAGUAUUCGGAACCUGGAAAGGCAGAUGAACCUUGGAGGCCAACAGAACCUGCAAGGUUUCCACAACCUGGCAAGUCUACAGAUCCUGGAAAGUCUGAUGAACCUUUGAGGCAAAGAGAACCUGGAAAGUAUCCUGAACCAGGGAAGACAACAGAUCCAGGAAGUUCUGAUGAACCUUGGAAACCUAGAGAGCCAGGAAAGUAUCCACAGCCUGGAAAAUCAACAGAUCCAGAAAAGUCUGAUGAACCUUUGCGACCUGGAGAACCUGGAAAGUAUCUAGGUCCUGGAAAGUCAACAGAACCAGGAAAGUCUGAUAUACCUGGAAAGGCAGGUGAACCAUGGAAGCCAAGAGAACCUGGAAAGUAUCCUGAACCAGGGAAGACAACAGAUCCAGGAAGUUCUGAUGAACCUUGGAAACCUAGAGAGCCAGGAAAGUAUCCACAGCCUGGAAAAUCAACAGAUCCAGGAAAGUAUGAUGAACCUUUCAGACCUAGAGAACCUGGAAAGUCAACUGAUCCAGGAAAGUCUGAUGAACCAUGGAGACCAAGAGAACCUGGAAAGUAUCCACAACCUGGCAAGUCAACAGAUCCAGGAAAGUCUGGGGAACCUGGAAAGGCAGAUGAACCAUGGAGAACAAGAGAACCUGGAAAGUAUCUAGAACCUGGCAAGUUAACAGAUCCAGGAAAGUCUGAUGAACCUUUGAGAUCAAGAGAACCAGGAAAGUUUACAGGACCUGAAAAGUAUGAUGAAUCUGGUAAAUCUUUAGAACCUGGGAAGUCUAAAGAACGAGGGAAGAAACCAACAAAGUUUACAGAACCCACUCCUAUCCUUCCAGCAGCUCGACCAGACCCAUGCUCCACACCUGCAACUGAGUUAAAUGAACCAAUUACAGAUGUCAUAUGUCCUAAGGACUGCGACAAACAGAAAAGCAGUGUUUAUGGAAAUGGCAUCUACACAGAUGAUUCUUCCAUGUGCAAAGCUGCUAUUCAUACUGGAACAUUGACCAGAGACGGAGGAGUGGUUAGAAUACAGAAGUUGCCAGGUCUGGAAAAAUAUGAGGAAUCCACAAAGAAUGGAGUGAAAUCCUCUAAACAUGGGAAAUGGACUGGAUCUUUUAUACCCCUCCCAGUACCAUCACCUGCUACAAGUGAAGACUCUCCUUCUGAAACAUCUGAUCCCUCAUCUACCCCAAAAAAGACUAAAGAGCCAGCAUCCAAGCUCCCACCAGCUCGACCAGCUCCAUGCUCUACGACCGCUGACGAGUUAACAGAAUCAACCACAGAUGUCAUAUGUCCUGAGGAUUGCCACAAAACGAAAGGCACCGUUUAUGGAACUGGCACCUACACAGCUGAUUCCCCCAUAUGCAAAUCUGCUAUCCAUGCUGGAGUAGUGCCCAUCGAGGGAGGGGUGGUUAGAGUACAGAAGCUGCCGGGUCUGGAGGAAUAUGAGGAAUCUACAAGGAAUGGAGUGAGAUCCUCUAAACAUGGGAAAUGGACUGGGUCUUUUAAACCCAUCCCAGUGCCAUCACCUGCUACAAGUGAAGAAUCACCUUCGGAAACAUCUGAUCCCUCAUCUACCCCAAAAAAGACUAAAGAGCCAGCAUCCAAGCUCCCACCAGCACGACGAGCUCCAUGUUCUACGACUGCUAAUGAGUUAACAGAAUCAAAUGCAGAUGUCAUAUGUCCUGAGGAUUGCCACAAAACAAAAGGCACAGUUUAUGGAAACAACAUAUACACAGAUGAUUCUCCCAUAUGCAAAUCUGCUAUCCAUGCUGGAGUAGUGCCCAUCGAGGGAGGGGUGGUUAGAGUACAGAAGCUGCCGGGUCUAGAGGAAUAUGAGGAAUCUACAAGGAAUGGAGUGAAAUCCUCUAAACAUGGGAAAUGGACUGGAUCUUUUAUAACCCACCCAGUACCAUCACCUGCGACAAGUGAAGAAUCACCUUCUGAAACACUUGAUCCAUCAUCUACCCCAAAAAAGACUAAAGAGCCAGCAUCUAAACUACCACCAGCACGACGAGCUCCUUGCUCUACGACUGCUAACGAGUUAACAGAAUCAACUGCAGAUGUAAUAUGUCCUGAGGAUUGCCACAAAACGAAAGGCACUGUUUAUGGAACCAAAAUCUACACAGAUGAUUCUCCCAUAUGCAAAUCUGCUAUCCAUGCUGGAGUAGUGCCCAUCGAGGGAGGGGUGGUUAGAGUACAGAAGCUGCCGGGUCUGGAGGAAUAUGAGGAAUCUACAAGGAAUGGAGUGAAAUCCUCUAAACAUGGGAAAUGGACUGGGUCUUUUAAACCCAUCCCAGUACCAUCACCUGUGACAAGUGAAGAAUCACCUUCUGAAACAUCUGAUCCCUCAUCUACCCCAAAAAAGACUAAAGAGCCAGCAUCCAAGCUUCCACCAGUCUCGGCUACAUGUACAAUGCCUGGGAAGCUGAUAGCUGAACCCAUUGCAAAUGUCAAAUGUCCACCAGAAUGUCUAAAACAUGUAACGAAAGUUUGGGGAUCCGGCAUAUAUGCAGAUGAGUCCUCCAUUUGCCAAUCUGCUAUCCAUGCUGGAUUUCUGACCAGUGAUGGAGGAGAAGUAACUGUACAGAAGAAGCCAGGUCUAGAAGGCUAUGAGACAACCACACAGAAUGGUAUCACAUCUUUUAAAGCCGGACCCUGGCCCAGAUCAUUUUCAUUCCGCCCAACUCCAUCUGCUAAACCUCCUGUUACAAAGCCAGAGUCACCGUCUAAAACACCAGAUUCAACAGGAAAGCCUACAGAGCCUCCUCAAAGUCUGCCACCAGUUGCGGCUUCAUGUUCAAUGAGUGCAGCCCAGAUAGCAGAAGAACGGGCGACGAUAAUAUGUCCUGAGGGAUGUCAGGAUGAGGAUGGCAAAGUUUGGGGAACUUACAGCUAUACAGACGAUUCUGCCAUAUGCCUAGCUGCUAUUCAUGCUGGAGUACUGACUGAUAAGGGAGGAAAAACAAAAAUAGUGAAGAUCCCUGGCCUUGAGAACUACGAGGAAUCCACAAAGAAUGGAAUAAAAUCCUUAAAAUACGGAACUUGGUCUGGAUCCUUCAUGUUCCCCAAGUCAAAGCCUCCAUCAUCUGGUAAAUCUCCAGAAUCACCUGAAACAGUACCAGGAAAACCUACAGAACCCAUUUCGAGCCUUCCACCAGUUGCGGCUUCAUGUUCAAUGAGUGCAGCCCAGAUAGCAGAAGAACGGGCGACGAUAAUAUGUCCUGAGGGAUGUCAGGAUGAGGAUGGCAAAGUUUGGGGAACUUACAGCUAUACAGACGAUUCUGCCAUAUGCCUAGCUGCUAUUCAUGCUGGAGUACUGACUGAUAAGGGAGGAAAAACAAAAAUAGUGAAGAUCCCUGGCCUUGAGAACUACGAGGAAUCCACAAAGAAUGGAAUAAAAUCCUUAAAAUACGGAACUUGGUCUGGAUCCUUCAUGUUCCCCAAGUCAAAGCCUCCAUCAUCUGGUAAAUCUCCAGAAUCACCUGAACCAGUACCAGGAAAACCUACAGAACCCAUUUCGAGCCUUCCACCAGUUGCGGCUUCAUGUUCAAUGAGUGCAGCCCAGAUAGCAGAAGAACGGGCGACGAUAAUAUGUCCUGAGGGAUGUCAGGAUGAGGAUGGCAAAGUUUGGGGAACUUACAGCUAUACAGACGAUUCUGCCAUAUGCCUAGCUGCUAUUCAUGCUGGAGUACUGACUGAUAAGGGAGGAAAAACAAAAAUAGUGAAGAUCCCUGGCCUUGAGAACUACGAGGAAUCCACAAAGAAUGGAAUAAAAUCUUUAAAAUACGGAACCUGGCCUGGAUCCUUUAUGUUCCCCAAGUCAAAGCCUCCAUCAUCUGGUAAAUCUCCAGAGUCACCUGAACCAGCACCAGGAAAACCUACAGAACCCAUUUCGAGCCUUCCACCAGUUGCGGCUUCAUGUUCAAUGAGUGCAGCCCAGAUAGCAGAAGAACGGGCGACGAUAAUAUGUCCUGAGGGAUGUCAGGAUGAGGAUGGCAAAGUUUGGGGAACUUACAGCUAUACAGACGAUUCUGCCAUAUGCCUAGCUGCUAUUCAUGCUGGAGUACUGACUGAUAAGGGAGGAAAAACAAAAAUAGUGAAGAUCCCUGGCCUUGAGAACUACGAGGAAUCCACAAAGAAUGGAAUAAAAUCUUUAAAAUACGGAACCUGGCCUGGAUCCUUUAUGUUCCCCAAGUCAAAGCCUCCAUCAUCUGGUAAAUCUCCAGAGUCACCUGAACCAGCACCAGGAAAACCUACAGAACCCAUUUCGAGCCUUCCACCAGUUGCGGCUUCAUGUUCAAUGAGUGCAGCGCAGAUAGCAGAAGAACGGGCGACGAUAAUAUGUCCUGAGGGAUGUCAGGAUGAGGAUGGCAAAGUUUGGGGAACUUACAGCUAUACAGACGAUUCUGCCAUAUGCCUAGCUGCUAUUCAUGCUGGAGUACUGACUGAUAAGGGAGGAAAAACAAAAAUAGUGAAGAUCCCUGGCCUUGAGAACUACGAGGAAUCCACAAAGAAUGGAAUAAAAUCCUUAAAAUACGGAACCUGGCCUAGAUCCUUUUUGUUCCCCAAGUCAAAGCCUCCAUCAUCUGGUAAAUCUCCAGAGUCACCUGAACCAGCACCAGGAAAACCUACAGAACCCAUUUCGAGCCUUCCACCAGUUAAGGCUUCAUGCUCAAUGAGUGCAGACCAGAUUGCAGAAGAAUUGGCAACAGUACUUUGUGAUGCAGGAUGUCAGAAUGAGGAAGGCAAUGUUUGGGGAGAUAAAAUCUAUACCGAUGAUUCUUCCAUCUGUAAAUCUGCUAUUCAUGCUGGAGCAAUGAACGAGGAAGGAGGAAUAGUAGAAAUACGGAAGAUCCCUGGCCUUGAGAACUAUGAAGGAUCCACAAGGAAUGGAGUAAAAUCCUUAAAAUACGGAACCUGGUCUGGAUCCUUUAUGUUCCUCAAGUCAAAGCCUCCAUCAUCUGGAAAAUCUCCAGAAUCACCUGGACCAGUACCAGGAAAACCUACAGAACCCAUUUCGAGCCUUCCACCAGUUAAGGCUUCAUGCUCAAUGAGUGCAGACCAGAUUGCAGAAGAAUUGGCAACAGUGCUUUGUGAUGCAGGAUGUCAGAAUGAGGAAGGCAAUGUUUGGGGAGAUAAAAUCUAUACCGAUGAUUCUUCCAUCUGUAAAUCUGCUAUUCAUGCUGGAGCAAUGAACGAGGAAGGAGGAAUAGUAGAAAUACGGAAGAUCCCUGGCCUUGAGAACUACGAAGGAUCCACAAGUAAUGGAGUAAAAUCCUUAAAAUACGGAACCUGGUCUGGAUCCUUUAUGUUCCCCAAGUCAAAGCCUCCAUCAUCUGAGCCUUCUUCAGAAUCACCUGAACCAGUACCAGGAAAACCUAUAGAACCCACUUUGAGCCUUCCACAAUUUGAGGCUCCAUGUUCACUGGGUGCGGAUGAAAUAGACGAAGAAAGGGCAAUAGUGUUAUGUGCUGCAGAAUGUCUGAAGGAAAACGACAUUGUUUGGGGAGAUGACAUUUAUACAGAAGAUUCUUCCGUGUGCAGAGCUGCUAUUCAUGCAGGAGUACUGAAUGAUGAAGGAGGAAGAGUAGAAAUACUAAAGGUUCCUGGCCUUGAGAACUAUGAGGAAUCCACAAAAAAUGGAGUGAAAACCUUUAAACACGGAUCCUGGUCUAGAUCUUUUAUGUUCCCCAAGUCAAAGCCCCUAUCAUCUACUAAAUCUUCAGAAUCACCUGAAACAGUCACAGGAAAACUUACAGAACCCACUUCGAGCCUUCCACAAGUUGAGGCUCCAUGUUCACUGGGUGCGGAUGAAAUAGACGAAGAAAGGGCAAUAGUGUUAUGUGCUGCAGAAUGUCUGAAGGAAAACGACAUUGUUUGGGGAGAUGACAUUUAUACAGAAGAUUCUUCCGUGUGCAGAGCUGCUAUUCAUGCAGGAGUACUGAAUGAUGAAGGAGGAAGAGUAGAAAUACUAAAGGUUCCUGGCCUUGAGAACUAUGAGGAAUCCACAAAAAAUGGAGUGAAAACCUUUAAACACGGAUCCUGGUCUAGAUCCUUUAUGUUCCCCAAGUCAAAGCCCCUAUCAUCUACUAAAUCUUCAGAAUCGCCUGAAACAGUCACAGGAAAACUUGCAGAACCCACUUCGAGCCUUCCACAAGUUGAGGCUCCAUGUUCACUGGGUGCGGAUGAAAUAGACGAAGAAAGGGCAAUAGUGUUAUGUGCUGCAGAAUGUCUGAAGGAAAACGACAUUGUUUGGGGAGAUGACAUUUAUACAGAAGAUUCUUCAGUGUGCAGAGCUGCUAUUCAUGCAGGAGUACUGAAUGAUGAAGGAGGAAGAGUAGAAAUACUAAAGGUUCCUGGCCUUGAGAACUAUGAGGAAUCCACAAAAAAUGGUGUGAAAACCUUUAAACACGGAUCCUGGUCUGGAUCCUUUAUGUUCCCCAAGUCAAAGCCUCCAUCAUCUGGUAAAUCUUCAGAAUCACCUGAAACAGUCACAGGAAAACUUACAGAACCCACUUCGAGCCUUCCACAAGUUGAGGCUCCAUGUUCACUGGGUGCAGAUGAAAUAGACGAAGAAAGGGCAAUAGUGUUAUGUGCUGCAGAAUGUCUGAAGGAAAACGACAUUGUUUGGGGAGAUGACAUUUAUACAGAAGAUUCUUCCGUGUGCAGAGCUGCUAUUCAUGCUGGAGUACUGAAUGAUGAAGGAGGAAGAGUAGAAAUAUUAAAGGUUCCUGGCCUUGAGAACUAUGAGGAAUCCACAAAAAAUGGAGUGAAAACCUUUAAACAUGGAACCUGGUCUAGAUCAUUUAUGUUCCCCAAGUCAAAGCCCCUAUCACCUGGUAAAUCUCCAGAAUCACCCGGAACAGUACCAGUUGAGAUUUCGUGUUCAACGGGUGCAGAUGAGAUAGAAGAUAAAAGUGCAGAACUAGUGUGUCCUGAGGGAUGUCAGGAUAUGAACGAUAUUGUUUGGGGAACUCACAUCUUUACAGGAGAUUCUUCCAUUUGCCGAGCAGCAAUUCAUGAUGGAGUACUGACUAAUCAAGGAGGAACAAUAGAAAUACUGAAGAUUCCUGGCCUUGAGAACUACGAGGAAUCCACCAAGAACGGAGUGAAGUCUUUCAAACAUGGAACCUGGUCUGAAUCAUUUAUGUUCCCCAAAUCAGUACCACCAUCACCUGAUAAAUCUCCAGAAUCAACUGGGACAGUACCAAUAUCCGAAGAACCUACAGAACCAAUUUCCAGCCUCCCACCAGUAAAAGUUUUGUGUUCAACGGGUGCAGACGAGAUAGAAGCCGAAAGUGCAGAAGUGGAAUGUCCUGAAAAUUGUCUAGAUGAGAACAAUGGCUUUGUUUGGGGAAAUCAAAUCUAUACAGACGAUUCUUCCGUUUGUCUGUCUGCUAUUCAUGAUGGAAAACUGGCCAAUGAAAAGGGAGGAAGAGUUCGUUUCCUGAAGCUACUGGGACGGGAGAACUAUGAAGGAUCCACAAAGAAUGGAGUAAAAUCCUCUACACAUGGGAUUUGGCAUGGUUCAUUUAUGUUCCCUGUAUCUACUGCAGUAUCUCCAGUAACAUUAGAAUGCUCUACCCCUGCAAAACAAUUUAAGGAUCAAGAUACAGAAGUCACAUGUCCAGAAGAUUGCCAGGAUGAACAAGGAACUGUGUGGGGAACUGAUGACUACAUGCCCGAAUCUUCUGUGUGCCUGGCCGCAAAGCAUGCAGGUUUACUAACUAAAAAUACACGGAAGUUCUUACUUGAAAAGAAAUCGGGACUAAACAAUUAUAGGGGAUCUAGAAGGAAUGGCAUAACAUCAAGAGUUUUUGACGAUGCUUCUUGGUCAUUUGGUAUUAGGAUACCGUCUGCAGAAUCAACAGAAACCAAUAAACUACCAGAAGUUACAUUACAGUGUUCCUCAUCUGCAGAAAUCUUAGAGAAUCUUGUUACAGAGGUGACAUGCCCAUCGGAUUGUGAGAGUAAUCAAGGGACUGUGUACGGAGCUGAUGUCUACAUGCCUGAAUCUUCAGUGUGCCUGGCUGCAAUCCAUGCUGGAAUACUAACUAAAAAUGUACGGAAGUUCAUUGUGGAAAAGAAAUCCGGCCAAAGAAAUUAUGGAGAAACCACAAAUAAUGGCAUCAAUUCUAAACCUUCUGGUGCUGCUUCUUGGUCAUUUACUGUAAGGUUACCACCUGCAGAACCCAUUACAACAACUCCAGAACCAACAGCUAAAAUACCAGAAGUUACAUUACAGUGUUCCUCACCUGCAGAAGUCUUAGAGAAUCUUGUUACAAAGGUGACUUGCCCAGCAAACUGUGAGACUAAUCAAGGGACUGUGUACGGAACUGAUGUCUACAUGCCUGAAUCUUCAGUGUGCCUGGCUGCAAUCCAUGCUGGAAUACUAACUAAAAAUGUACGAAAGUUCAUAGUGGAAAAGAAAUCUGGCCAAAGAAAUUACGGAGAAACCACAAAGAAUGGCAUCAAUUCUAAACCUUCUGGUGCUGCUUCUUGGUCAUUUACUGUAAAGUUGCCACCUCCAGAAGCCAUUACAACCACUCCAGAACCAACAGCUAAAAUACCAGAAGUUACAUUACAGUGUUCCUCACCUGCGGAAGUCUUAGGGAAUCUUGUUACAGAGGUGACAUGUCCAUCAGAUUGUGAGAGUAACCAAGGGACUGUGUAUGGAGAUGAUUUCUACAAGCCUGAAUCUUCUGUGUGCCUGGCUGCAAUCCAUGCUGGAAUACUAACUAAAAAUGUACGUAAGUUCAUUGUGGAAAAGAAAUCAGGACAAAGAACUUAUGGAGAAACCACAAAGAAUGGCAUCAAAUCGAAACCUUCUGGUGCUGCUUCUUGGUCAUUUACUGUAAGGUUACCACCUGCAGAACCCACUACAACCACCCCAGAACCAACAGCUAAAAUACCAGAAGUUAAAGCUUCGUGUUUCCUGACCGCAAACGAUAUACUUGAACCAAAGGCUCAUGUAAAUUGUCCUCCAGGAUGUCUGCAUCAGAAUGUUGAUGUUUGGGGGUCUGUUGUCUUCAGAGAUAUUUCUUCUAUUUGUCGAGCUGGUAUCCAUGACGGAUUAAUAACCAAUGAAAUUGGUGGAAUAGUAACAUUAGAGAAGAUGCCCGGACAAGCCAGCUAUGAUGAAGCCACAAAGAAUGGAAUUAAAUCCAAUCCGUAUGGAGCUUGGUCUGGAUCUUUUAUAUUCAAUCGCCCAACUCCAAUAGUUCCAUCAGUUCCUACGCCAAAACCAGGCUCUCCUUCCAGAAUACCCAAAGUUACAAGUCAGUGUUCAUCUUCGGCAAGGCAGUUAACAAGACCACUUACAGAAGUUAUAUGCCCAGAAGAUUGUCUUAAUAAACCAGGACCUGUAUGGGGCACUGACACAUUUUUGAUUAACUCUUCAAUAUGCCGAGCUGCAAUCCAUUCAGGGUUAGUGUCCAAAGGAGAAAAUGUUAUUGUGGCAAUAAAGCCAGGACAAAGCAAAUAUACUGAAUCCAUAAGGCACGGUAUACGAUCCUAUCCUUCUGGCUCAGGAGCAUUGUCUUUUACUGUACAUCCAAUUUCAGAUUUCUUUGACAGGCCACCAGUGCAGACUCCCAGCAAGGCUCCAGUUCAAGCUAACUGUUUCAUGAGUGCUGAGGUGUUACCAGGACGGUUCACAUUAGUCAAUUGUGAACCAGGAUGCCUGAAUCAGAAAGGGAAUGUAUGGGGAAAUGAUAUCUACACUGAUGAUUCUUCAUUAUGCCUGUCAGCUAUUCAUGCUGGAGUACUGUCUGAUGCUGGAGGAAUGAUGAUAGUCGAAAAGAAACCUGGUCUGGAAAGCUACACGGGUUCCAAUAAGAAUGGUGUUAAAUCAAAGAAGUAUGGAACAUGGUCUGGGUCAAUUAAAUUCCACAAAAUUCCAGCCUCACUGCUACCUACUAAAGACUCAGAAACACCCAAAACACCUGCACCCUCAGCUGCAGUAUCUCCUCAACCUACAACACCUCUCAAACCAGCAGAAUCAACACAGCCAUAUUCAAAUCUUUCCGGACAAACAUCUAUCACAGAAUCCCCAUCCAAUAUACCAACACAAUCAUCUUCAACUCCUCCGGGACAAUCAUCUAGCCCAGAAUCAGCAUCCCAAAAACCAACACAACCAUCUACUUCUGGCCCAGAAGCACCAUCCAAAACAAGUGAACCCUUAGCUACACCCUCUGCACCUGCAGCUCCCAGUUUACCUUCCGUUACAGCUUUGUGUUCUUCACCUGCAAUCCAUUUGAGUGCACAAUUGACACAGGUUACAUGUCCAUCAGGAUGUAUGAAAAUUGCAGGAAAAGUAUAUGGAACCGACAACUACGCAAUCGGUUCAUCCAUUUGUGGAGCUGCAAUGCAUGCAGGAGCAAUUAACAACGACGGAGGAUCCAUGUUGGUAGAAAGAGGCCCAGGGCAAAAACGCUAUGAACCAUCUUCAAGGAAUGGAAUUGAGUCAUUGGAACAUGGGGAGUCUUCUGUAUCAUUCUCCAUCAGCCCACUUGAUGCUGCCCCACCUACACCAACAAACCUACCAACUCAAGCAACAAGUGAAUCAGAGAAAUCGGAUCUGCCAACAGCUAAUGCUGCAUGUUCCUCAGAUGCAACCAGCUUAAAUGCACCACUUACAAUAGUCAACUGUCCACCAGGAUGUGCUACCACGAAAGGACAGGUGUGGGGAACUGACAUGUACACUUCUGAUUCCUCCAUUUGUCGAGCUGCGAUCCAUGCAGGUCACUUGACCAAUGAAGGAGGGCCCACGUGGGUGAAGAAGGAACCAGGACAGAAACGAUACAAUGCAUCAAUAAAGAAUGGAGUAAAAACAUCGGAACAUGAGGAGUGGUCUGAAUCAUUCUCAUUCAUUUCACCCUCUACCAACCCAUCUUCUUCCAAUAUACCCAAAGCUGAAGCCCAGUGUUCCUCAGAUGCAACCUAUUUGGAUGCAAAAAUUACAGAAGUAUUCUGCCCUUCAGGAUGUGAAAACCAAAAAGGAGUUGUUUGGGGAAGCGAUAUCUAUACUGAUGAUUCUGCAAUGUGUAGAGCUGCAAUUCAUGCAGGAUUUCUAAAUAAUAGUGGAGGAAGAGUACUUGUAGUAACCGAUUCAGGACCAGAAUUGUAUGAAGGUUCUAUAAGGAAUGGAAUAAAAUCAUCGGCAUAUGAAGGAUGGUCUGAAUCAUUCCGUUUCAUAUCAAGUCUAAGUGAUGCUGACUCAGAACCAUCAAACAAUACAACUACAGAUACGGCACAAGAAACAGUCUCAAAUCCAACUACAGAUGCAGCUCAAGAAACAAUCUCAAAUCCACCUACAGAAACGGCGGAAGAAGCAAUGUCAAACCCACCUACAGUCUAUGCCCAUUGUGCAUGGUCAGCAAAGAAUCUACCUGCACUAAUUACAAGGGUACGAUGUCCCAGUGAAUGUCUAAAUAAGGAUGGUGAAGUGUGGGGAUCUAAUCCCUUUACAGAUUCUACAGCCAUUUGCCGAGCUGGUAUUCAUGUAGGAAUGUUCGAAAAUGAUAAGGGCGGAGAGUUUAUUGUGGUGAAGAAGCCAGGAGAAAAUAGCUAUCAAGAAUCCAAUAGAAAUGGAGUCCAGUCCAAGAGCCACGGAGCCUGGCCUGGGUCAUUCAUACUGGUCUCACUUGCUGACUUCCAGCUUAACGGAUACAUGAAAUACAUAAGCUACAAUUUCAACUUUAACCAAGGUGGAGAAACGGCACAAGAAACAAUCUCAAAUCCACCUACAGAUACGGCGGAAGAAGCAAUGUCAAACCCACCUACAGUUUAUGCCCAUUGUGCAUGGUCAGCAAAGAAUCUACCUGCACUAAUUACAAGGGUACGAUGUCCCAGUGAAUGUCUAAAUAAGGAUGGUGAAGUGUGGGGAUCUAAUCCCUUUACAGAUUCUACAGCCAUUUGCCGAGCUGGUAUUCACGCUGGAAUGUUCGAAAAUGAUAAGGGCGGAGAGUUUAUUGUGGUGAAGAAGCCAGGAGAAAAUAGCUAUCAAGAAUCCAAUAGAAAUGGGGUCCAGUCCAAGAGCCACGGAGCCUGGCCUGGGUCAUUUAUACUGGUCUCACUUGCUGACUUCCAGCUUAACGGAUACAUGAAAUACAUAGGCUACAAUUUCAACUUCAACCAAGGUGGAGGUGAUAGUGUUUUCCCUAUGCUUGUAUCAGAAAUUAUUUCACUACAAUCUGUGCUGAACUAA